GCCGACUCGACGCGGAAGAGAGAAUGGCGCCGCGGACGAGGCUGCUCGUACUAGCCUGUCUCCUCGUGCUUCUCGUCGCCGUCGCCGGACAGAGACCGUCGCCUAACAGCACGACCGUGACGCCGGUGCCUGCCCCGACGACGACACCGCCACCACCGACACCGUCGCCCGCCCCAGCGACACCCGCACCGACCCCGUCGCCGACGGCAAAGCCCACGUCGCCACCGACGCCAGCCCCAACACCGAGCAGCGCAUUGCCGACGACAGCAGCACCGACGACGUCGGCGCCCAGUACAAGCCGACCUCCGACCACGCCGUCGCCCACGAUGGCGACGAUCGUACCGCCGACGACGGGUCCAGCAGCGGACACGACGAUGCCGAUUGUGAGCGCCUGCGUCUCGUGCUCGUCCCAAGCACCGACCGAAAACCAUGCGUCGAGCAACACCAAGAACAACAACAAUAGCAAGCCGACGUCGCAGGUCAACCUCCAAGAUGCGGCUCAAGACUCGCCCAACAGCAGCACCGCCAUCAUCCUCGCUGCCGCCGCUGCUGUCGGCGUCUCAGUCAUCGUCGCGCUCGUCGUUGUCCGGCAGCGACAGCAGCGCGAGAGCGAAGAGAUCAAGACCCGCGCGGCCUCGUCGUUUGCGCUGCUUGCGAGCAACCGGGACUCGACGAUCCCAGUACUCUACAGCACCAAGCGCCUCUACGAGCCAUCGCCGUACGCAGCGACGUAUGCCCGUGCAGCCACCAACGCCCACAUGGUCAACACGGCGCCGCCAAUCGACUUUGCGGCGACGUACAAGGUGAGCGAUCUCUCCGAGCUCUCGGAAGACGACGACUCGUCGAUCCGCGACACGGAAGACAGCCGCGGGCUGCAUGCAGUCUCCGAGUCGUUCUACUACGGCAGCCAAGACUCGGUGAUCACGAUCGAAGAGGAAGAGUUUGACGACGCGUUCGAGUCGUCGCCGCGACGCACGAGCUCGAUCCAGGAGAACGUCGUCUGGAACGAUUCGAUGGACCGCGAGCUCUCAAUGGACUCGAUCGUGCGCGAGAGUUCGAUGCGUCGCGAGAGCUCGCUCGCGCGCGACAGCUCCAUCAUGAUUGGCAGCGCGUCCGUCGACAACCCCGAUUGGAUGAACACGGCGCGGCUCAUGGCGUCCGACGUCCACGACCUCUAGCCGUCGUCGGCGCACUGGUUGUUAUUUAUCUUGCUCCGAAACAACGAGACCAGCAGUAGCAGCUGGCUAACGCUCAACACACACGCCUCGUACUAUACCUAUGACGAUCCGAGCGUGCUUCCACGUGCAAUGGAUCGCUAUGAACCC